AUGGAUGCGUUCGAUAUCAAACUCCAGAAGCGAAACGCCAUGUCGAAGCAACACCAGUUGUGUAAGGUAGCAAACUUGUUGAGGUUCGUUGAAGUUUGUAUCCUUCUGGUGUUGAUCUCCAGGUUCACAACUCAUCUUCCGGUUGCCUUCGGCGAGUAUUUCCGCGGGUUAUCGGUUCUUUUAGUCAGCCCUCGAUUCGUGUUCGUCGUCGUUUUCGCCUUCGAGAACCGAUAUUACGAGGAGUUCAUCGAGAAGAGGGAGAAAAGCAACGCGGUUCAUCGGUACGAAACCGAGAUGAAAAGUUUAUCAUCCGUCGAAGAAAAGAGAAUAGUUAGUCUCGAGGUAAACAGUCCGAAGGAAACGAAGAAUAUCCGAAGAACGAAAUCGGAGAAUUUGAGAAGAAAAAGUCACAAACAACAUUGCAACCAACUUCGGAGAUUGGGGUCGGAAAAAUACGUCAAACAAAGUGAUCCCGAAGAGGAACCGGUGAAGAGUUCGUGUCCGGAGGAUGGAAUGAGUAACGAGCAGUUCCGGAACACGGUGGAGGCUUUCAUUGCCAGGCAAAAGAAGCUACUAAGGGAAGAAGAAUACUCUGUGAUUUUGAGAGAUUUAGAGUGA